UUUGUUUACGUUUGCAGAAAGUUUUGUGCAGGUUCCCAAGAAAAUAAGUAUUUUUACGUUUAAAAUACUCCGGCAGUAGUGUGAUUUCUCGUUUACUUUCCGAGUGAAGAGGAACAAUAGCCAUUAACCAUGGAUCCAGCACUUUUACGCGAGCGGGAAGCCUUCAAGCGGCGGGCGAUGGCCACGCCAACCGUCGAGAAAAAGGCUAAAACGGAAUCCUCGUUUGCCCCGCCAAAGGAUGUUAAAAAAUCGAGGCCGGUUAGCGCGGCACCGAAAAUCGAUGCCUCAAACUACAAAACUAUGACCGGAAGCUCACAAUACAGAUUCGGUGUACUUGCCAAGAUAGUGAAACAUAUGCGUACACGUCACCAAGAAGGAGAUGACCAUCCUUUGACGCUGGACGAAAUCCUAGAUGAAACUAAUCAGCUGGACAUAGGCUCUUCGGUGAAAGCGUGGCUUCAAGCAGAAGCACUACGGAACAACCCCAAAAUAGAGCAUACGCCAGACGGACGGUAUCUGUUUAAAUCGGUGUUCAAAAUCAAGGACGGCAAAAGCCUGAUGCGGUUGCUCAAGCAGCACGAUCUCAAGGGUCUUGGCGGCGUGCUACUAGACGAUGUUCAGGAGUCAUUGCCCCAUUGCGACAAAGUGCUCAAGAAUCGUGCAUCGGAAAUCAUUUUCAUCACACGGCCGAACGAUAAGAAGAAAAUUCUCUUUUACAACGAUCGCACGGCCAACUUCCAGGUAGAUGAAGAUUUCCAGAAGCUCUGGCGUUCGGUGACGGUCGACGCGAUGGACGACGCGAAGAUCGACGAGUAUCUCGAAAAGCAGGGCAUUCGUUCGAUGCAGGACCAUGGACCAAAGAAACCAUUGCUGCCUAAGCGUAAGAAGCUGGCGAAUAAGAAACGGCAGUUCAAGAAACCGCGUGACAACGAGCAUUUGGCGGACGUGCUGGAAACCUACGAAGAUAAUACGCUGACGCAGUCGAACGCUGUGCAAGAGAUAAAACAGAAUAAUUGAUUCGUCCGUGCCCGUUGAUUGUGAUACACCAACUGUUGGCACAAUAUGCCUGGUAUACUAUGUAAUAUAUUGAAUAAAUAACGACUUUUUACAUUGUCAUUUUUCCUC